AUGGCCAAAGUGAAGGCCAUCGAGAAAAUGGAGCGUGACGGUAUCAUCACUCGUGUCACAUCAAGCGCGUGGGAUAAACCAAUCGAAAGUGACGUCGAGAAGACGUUCCACAGUAUUAGCUCCCAUCAUCUGCGCACAUCAUCACGUCACCUCUGCUCAAACGGUGCAGCGGAAACUUUCGCGAAAACAGUGAAGAGCACGAUUGCUUCCGCAAGUCCGAAGACAAUUUCAGAAUUGGAAAUACUCCUGGACAACUUCUUGUUGCAAUAUCGAAAUGCUGCAAUUGCCACCACCAAAUCUACAUUGGAUCCCGCAUCGAGUAGGCUAUUCAGGCGUGCAAUCCAUGACUAUAAUAUUUUGGAACGUCCACAAAGAUUGGCCACCAAGAUACUCAAGAGGUUUAUCAUGCUCGUUCGACCACCGGUGGCCCGAAACUCACGCAAUCCGGGAAGAAGACCAUUACCCUCACGUGUCCCGAUGAACGACCUCAAUCGACCCCUGCUGCGUCAGUUCGUUCGUAAUCGGCGCUCAGAUCCUCGUUACGAGGCAUACAUACUUGAGGUCCGCGAAGGUCCGGCUGUGAAUGGGAACACAAAUGCCGCUGCUGGCAAGUCUAUGCCCCAACCAUGGGUCACAGUUCGUGAUUCCGGUUCUGGAAAUCAAUCAAUUGGGUUACCUGUGUCCAUUUGUGAUACCCUGUUGAAACAUUUGCUCACAUGCGUAGUGUCUGACGAUUCUGGUCCCACAGAUCAGCCAACCGGACUAGAAUCACCACACGAACCACCCAGUUCACCAGACGAGGCACCCGCUACCAGUCCUGCACGGGCAUCCGGCGAUGCCAAGUCCCCAGCAGAUGAGGCUAACUCGGAAGAAGCCUCUUUGCCCAAAACCAGUCCAACACGUAUAACACAACGUAAACAAUUUCAGCUAAGUCGCCUCAGCCCUGUGAGGAUUGUGUGUGAAACGACUGGGUGUAUAUUGGAAAUAAUCAGUCGUGAUCCAAAUGCUAAACGGUCAAGUGGGACCGGCGAGGACGCGGAACCGGUUGCCCCGGUUACCGACCCAUCUCUGCGGUGGAUUGUGUCCAUUCCAGUGAAGGAAACAAACGGAGAACAGUCAUCCGAGUCUAAAACAACUGCCAACACCUCAACCACCUCCAAACGACGACAUCCAUGGGAAACACGCGGAUCCAUCGAGUUGCACGAAACACUCAUGGCACAGCUGUGCGCUUUUCUUGCGGAUGUGGUCACUCGUUAUCUGUCGGUGAAUCCAGUCCCCGAGGUUCGUUCACUCUACAGUGCUUCCGGUGGCCGUCGAUUUUUCUUUGAUUUACGCGAUACCCGGUGGGGUAAACGGCUGCACAUUUCCCAGGUAACUGAUCUGCACAGAAAUGUGAUCGGUAUUCCCCUGGAAACGUUGGUCAGUUUUCGUGCCCGAAUCGAUGCUGUGAUACAGGGUUUGAAACUCGAGGAUCAGCAUACACUCCGUUCGGAAAUCUAUCCGAGUCUAGGUGAUCGAGUUGGUGCACGUAAUCUACCACGUGGUACUGGUUCACCUCACGGACGUUCGGAUGAAGCCGGCGAGUCCGCUGACAAUGCCAGUGGUGGACGUAAGAGUGCUUCGUUGAGUGCACACCGCCCGGAAGGUUCCGGUGGUCCGAGUCGAUUGCGUGGUCGGCGUAGACAACGUGUGGGAAAUUUCUCCGGUAAUGGACCACCAGCAGCAGCCUCAGCACCGGGAGCAUCGAACAGUCGGAGUGCGGACGCAGGAGAACAUGUUUCCGAUGUUGGUGGUGCACGACGUGGACCUCAGGGAGCAAAUAGUGCCGGUGGUGGUGGUAUGGCUGGUCCAGGGCGACCUGGUCAAUGGGGUCCUGGAGCCCGGGUUCGUCGUUUUGGACGCCGGGCACGAAAUCCACGUCCAAUGAACAAUAACACUGCAAAACCGCGCCGUGGUUCCGGCACCGGAGAAGCAGAAGCUUCUGAAACUGCAGCUUCCGAAGUGCCUGUGCAAAACGAACGGGAGAAGGUUCUGGAUUCCGCGCAUGUGGCACCCGUGGCUGAAGCCAGUGCUUGA